AUGUCUGACUUGGGAGUUCUUCAAGACUACCUUCCAGGGGAAAUAUGUGGGGAAGAGCUACGUGGAUGCCCAAAAGAGAGAGUUCUUAAACCUUACUCAGGAAAAUUAAACUGUGGCCGAGAUGGGCUCAAGGAUAAUUUGAGAGUCUUGAUAGCUCCGCAGAAGGAGCGUGACAUUUCUUCACUGGUUGAGAAAAUGAAGAUCACCGAGGGGGUUAAGCGUACUGAGUGCCAAAACUGUGACAGAGAGAGGAGUAAGAACAAGAGGGAUUCAGAGCUUUUGAGUUCUGUGGAUGUUGGAGUAAGACUGGGUCUGCUUGAGUGUGGGUCUUUAGAGCACCGCAUUAGGCCUGGGCAAAGAGCAUCAGGCAGAGGUGUUGGAAAGAUUGAGGUGAAUCAGCCGGCUCUAGUUUAUGCUGCAUGUCACCGAGAUGAGGGAGAUGCUCCAGACGUCCUCACUGGUAUGUUUCUUAUUUUUGAUGUACCAUAUCUUGCUUUGAUAGACAUAGGAUCUACUCAUUCCUAUAUAGCCUAUUCUAUUUCUAAAAAUUUGGGGUUAUCGAUGGAGAGCACUACGAGUAGGGUAACUGUACUGAGUCCACUGGGACAAUCGGUUAGAGUUAGCAAACUGUAUAGGGAUAUUCCCUUAAGGGUGCAAGGGACGGUAUUUUUGGCUAAUUUGAUGGAACUUUCGUUUGGGGAGUUCGAUAUAAUCUUGGGGAUAAAUUGUCUAGUGAAGCACCAAGUAAGUUUGGACUAUGCGACGGAGAGGGUCAUCUUGAGAAAUGAGGAGGACAGUGAGGUAGUCAUGGUUGGGGAGCACCAGAAUUAUCUAUCUAAUGUGAUCUCUGCGCUGGUGGCGAAGAAGUUGGUUCGUAAGGGGUGUGAGGAAUUUUUGGCCUACGUAAGUGUUUUUGAUUCUGGAGACACUACUGUUAAGGACAUCAGGGCGGUAAAGGAUUUUCUGGACGUCUUCCCUGAAAAGCUACCGGGGUUACCUUCGAAUUGUGAAGUAGAGUUUGGGAUAGAGCUCCUUCCUGGUACAGCUUUAGUGUCCAUCGCUCCCUACUGA